UAAAGUGGGCUGACCGGCCCGCGAGCCCGACAUUCGGGAGCGGCCCGACGCACAGCUCAGGCGCCCGCCGCCUCCCGCCCCAGCUUUCCUGAGGCGGCCGUACAAUCCUCGGCAGUGUCCUGAGACUGUAUGGUCAUCUCAGCCUCCGCGUCUGCCCGGCCCCAGACUCUGGCAACUCGCGUCGUUUUCAAGCCGCUUCUUGUAUUGUGAAAACCCAGAAAAGCGACUCCUGACUUCUUUUCGAAGGAAAAAGAAACUUCAGCCCCCUGCUCGGUGCCCACCGCCCCCUACUUUUUUUUUUUUUUUUGCGUUUGACAGCGUCCUUCCACUCCUUUCCCGACCCCGCCUCCCGGUACAGGUUCCUCCCCGUCACCGUUCUCCACCCCCCUCCCGCGCACCGAGCCUGCCGCCCGCAACUUCCACCUGACCGUGCGGACGCUCGGGACCUGCGAGCACCUGGCACCUUUCACAUCGGCGUGGGCCUCGAGGAGUGGGCUAGGGCCACAGCGAAAGUAGCGGCUGCAGCCCCCGCCGGCCCUGGAGCUCAGGUGUUCGGAGCCUCAAAGGGCCCCAGCGACAAUGACAGCUGACAAGGAGAAGAAAAGGAGCAGCUCAGAGAGGAGGAAGGAGAAGUCCCGAGAUGCAGCCAGGUGCCGGCGGAGCAAGGAAACAGAGGUCUUCUAUGAGCUGGCGCACGAGCUGCCCCUGCCGCACAGCGUGAGCUCACACCUGGACAAGGCCUCCAUCAUGCGGCUGGCCAUCAGCUUCCUGCGCACGCACAAGCUCCUCUCCUCCGUUUGCUCUGAAAAUGAAUCUGAAGCCGAUGCUGACCAGCAGAUGGACAACUUGUAUCUGAAAGCCUUGGAGGGUUUCAUUGCCGUGGUGACCCAAGAUGGUGACAUGAUCUUUCUGUCGGAGAACAUCAGCAAGUUCAUGGGACUCACACAGGUAGAGUUAACAGGACACAGUAUCUUUGACUUCACUCAUCCCUGUGAUCAUGAGGAGAUCCGUGAGAACUUGAGUCUCAAAAAUGGCUCUGGUUUUGGGAAGAAAAGCAAAGACAUGUCCACAGAGCGGGACUUCUUCAUGAGGAUGAAGUGCACGGUCACCAACAGAGGCCGCACGGUCAACCUCAAGUCAGCCACCUGGAAGGUCUUGCACUGCACGGGCCAGGUGAAGGUCUACAGCAACUGCCCCCCUCACAGCAGUCUCUGCGGCUGCAAGGAGCCGCUGCUGUCCUGCCUCAUCAUCAUGUGCGAGCCGAUCCAGCACCCGUCCCACAUGGACAUCCCACUGGACAGCAAGACCUUCCUGAGCCGCCACAGUAUGGACAUGAAGUUCACCUACUGCGACGACAGAAUCACAGAACUGGUUGGUUACCACCCUGAAGAGCUGCUUGGCCGCUCAGCCUAUGAGUUCUACCAUGCGCUGGACUCAGAGAACAUGACCAAAAGCCACCAGAACUUGUGCACCAAGGGUCAGGUGGUGAGCGGCCAGUACCGGAUGCUUGCCAAGCAUGGGGGCUACGUGUGGCUGGAGACACAGGGGACGGUGAUCUACAACCCUCGCAACCUGCAGCCCCAGUGCAUCAUGUGUGUAAACUAUGUCCUGAGUGAAAUUGAGAAGAACGACGUGGUGUUCUCCAUGGACCAGACAGAGUCACCGUUUAAGCCACACCUGCUGACCAUGAACAGCAUCUUUGAUAACAGUGGCAAGGUGGCUGUGUCUGAGAAGAGCAACUUCCUGUUCACCAAGCUGAAGGAGGAGCCCGAGGAGCUGGCCCAGCUGGCACCUACCGCGGGAGACACCAUCAUUUCUCUGGAUUUCGGGACCCCGAACUUUGAGGAGUCCUCAGCCUAUGGCAAGGGCAUCCUGCCCCCAGGCCAGCAGUGGACUGGAGAGGUGAAAAGCCAUGGCACCCACAGCGAGGCCGGGAGCCUGCCCGCCUUCACCGUGCCCCAGGCGGCCGCCCUGGGGAACAGCACCCCCAGUGCCAGCAGCAGCAGCAGCUGCUCCACGCCCAGUAGCCCUGGAGACUAUUACACAUCUCUAGAUGACAAUCUGAAGAUUGAAGCAAUCGAGAAGCUCUUUGCCAUGGACACGGAGGCAAAGGACCAGUGUGGCACCCAGACUGACUUUAAUGAGCUGGACUUGGAGACCCUGGCGCCUUACAUCCCCAUGGACGGAGAGGACUUCCAGCUUAGCCCCAUCUGCCCCGAGGAGAGCCUCCUGCCGGAGACCCCCCAGUCGACCCCCCAGCACUGCUUCAGCACCAUGUCAAACAUCUUCCAGCCACUGGCUCCGAUGGCCUCUCAUAGCACCUUCCUCCUGGACAAGUAUCAGCAGCAGCUGGAAAGCAAGAAGACGGAGCCUGAGCAGCGGCACGUGUCCUUCACCUUCUUUGACGGUGGCAGCAAGGUGUCCCUGCUGCAGUGCUGUGGCCAGACCUACACCCCUCUCUCCUCCAUGGGAGGCAUAUCCAGCACACAGUGGCCCCCUGACCCGCCAUUACAGCUGGGGCCCAUGAAGUGGCCUGGCGAAGAUCAGCACACAGAGGCCUUGGGGACAGCGCCCCUGGGGCCCCCCAUUGCCACACCCCAUCUCGCCACGUUCAAGAAGAGGUCUGCCAAGGGCUUCGGGCCUCAGGGUCCAGAUGUGAUGAGCCCAGCCAUGAUUGCCCUCUCCAACAAGCUGAAGCUGAAGCGACAGCUGGAGUACGAGGAGCAAGCCUUCCAAGACCUGAGUGGGGGGGAUCCACCAGGCAGCAGCACCUCACACUUGAUGUGGAAAAGAAUGAAGAGUCUCAGGGGUGGUGGGACCUGCUCUUUGAUGCCGGACAAGCUGCCUAAUGCAGACGUCCCUAACGAUGAGUUCAUCCAGAAUCCCGUGAGGGGUAGGAGCCAGCCCCUGAGACACUUACCACCACCACAGCCACCAUCUGCCACAAACCCGGGGGAGCCCACCAAGAGUGGGUUCCCCCCACAGUGUUAUGCCCCCCAGUACCAGGACUACAGCCUACCAGCGGCUCACAAGAUGUCAGGCAUGGCAAGCCGGCUGCUCGGACCCUCGUUUGAGCCCUACCUGCUGCCGGAAUUGACCAGAUAUGACUGUGAGGUGAACGUUCCUGUUCCGGGAACCUCCACGCUCCUCCAAGGAGGGGAUCUCCUCCGAGCCCUGGACCAGGCCACCUGAGCCAGGACCGCCACCGACAGGCACCCUUCCCACGCCGUCCCACCAGCUUCAUGUUCUCCGUCUGUUUUUUGCAGCUAGGUAUUUCUAACACCACCACACUUUUUACAAGAUAUACUCACCUGGCAAACUUGUCCAGGUCACCGAGUAGUGGCCUUUUUCCGAAGAUGCUCACUUUAUUAUCCAUAUUUUUAAAAUAUAAUUGUUUUACCUGCUAUGUUUUGCUCUGUCAAUGGAAAUGUUCUUAAAUUUUAUAAGAGUUUUCUUUCCCCAAAUCCUAAUUUAUAAUAUUCACGGGUCUCUCUCUCUCACACACACACACACACAAACAAUAUUCAUAUUAACAAGUUUGGUGUACGUUCUCCUUUCGGGAAAGCUUUGGCUUCAUUUAACUAAAAAAAGAUUUUGUUGUUGCCAAAGAGAAACAAAAUAAUCUUGCUUUCUAAGCUUGAUUUUUGGCCUCACUCAGCCCUUUCUUUUCUAAAACUAAUCACUGUAUUGUAAAUUUCCAUCUUUUUUUUUUUUAAGCCAACUCUUUGCUCUAAUUUUGAUAUGACUUUUGGGGGUAAAAAAAGAAAUGAAAUGUGAAGGGUAAACUCCAUUGUGUGUGGUUAUCUAUGAAAGUUGCACAGUAUGGCUUUUCUUAAACUGGUGUUUUUCCCCUGCAUUUGGUGGAUUUUUUUUUAAUAUUAUUCAAAAGCAUAACUGAGUUUUUUAAGAAAGAAAAUUUAUAUCUGGGUUAAGUGUUUAUCAUAUAUAUGGGUACUUUGUAAUAUCAGAAACGGAAAUGGAAUCCUGCUCACAAAAUCACUUUAAAAUCUUUUUUAAGCUGUUUGAUCUUUUUCCUGAUGUUGCUGACACUGCAGAACUGUACAGAACUCCCACGGGCCUGUACUAACCUUGCUCAAGGUCUCUCGCUGUUGGCUCUUUGCUUUCGGGACAUGCCAUAGGCGUGACAAA